AUGGAUGAUUACUCGGACCAGUCCAGCAAUGACAGUGACGAGGACAGCGACGAGCUGGACGACGCUGGCGAUGAGCACGACCGAGAUCGUGAACUCUCCGACGGCGCCCGGGGUGGCGACCCAGAAGACUUGACAGAUAAGGAGCUGUGCGUAUUGUUUUUUAUUCCCCGCACUACUUGUGGCUCUAAUGCGGUAGGGUUUAUGUGCUGGAGGUCAUCCAACAACCACAACGUGCAAGGGCUUGUGGAUUUGGAGACAAGGAUAUUCGACAAGAUGGGCAAGCCCAUCUCACCACAGUACGUAAAUGCACCAUACCCGUCGAUCUUUUGUGGAGCUGCCGCGGCUAACUGCUGGCCCAGCUCUGUUGACUUUCAUCGAUUUGUCUUGAUGGUUGACCUUUGGAACGGCGACCAGUCUCAACAACGGAGCAUCGUUAUGCACCCUGGAGCUCGCCAGGACCAGUAUGCGUUGUUCACUCACACCACGUCACGUCCAUCGUCAUCACAUCCAUAUGACUCGGUGCCUCCUGCCUUUGGUCGUGCGCCCCUUGGUUCAGGUUCUGGGGCUUCAAGCGUACCACCAGUCGGCUGGCCAGGCUCUGAAUGGCCAAUGUAUGGUCGCCAGCAAAGCUACCCUUCUCCAUCACAUUCUUACCCCCACGGACAUGGCUUUGCCUACGGUGGGCCCCCUCCGCCACCACCCCCAGUGUCAGGGUGGCCUCCAGCGGGGCCAGAGCACGGUGGCCGGACAGGCUCUCUUCCUCCUCACAUCACCUCUUCUCCCGCACCAAUAGGAUACAACUUGCCGCCAGAUGCCAGGUACGACGACGUCCGGCCUGGCUCGUCCUCAGCAAGGUUUUCUGCCGAGCCUCAACACAUCGGCCCCACCCGACCUUCACAUUCUCCGCAUGAUACGGCCCGAGGCUGGACCCCGGAAACCCCACAUAUGGAGUAUGGCGCAGAUCGUUCAUUUCGUCCUGCUACAAGUGGCGGCGCUGAAGGUGGUUGGCGUCGCGAGGCAGUUUACCCAGGUUCGGCGGACUCUGGUCGACCACAUACUGCCACGUAUAGCGGCGACUGGGAUCGCAUGUACCCAGGCGGUUCGAUCACGUCCUCACGCCCGUGGUCGUCAGCAGGAGAAUCAGACCGGCGGCAGAACUCUUUAUACCAGCAUUCGCGGCCACCAGUCACCCCACAAUCAUCCAUGCCAUUAACCGCCUCCCCAGUGGGAACCUCGGCGAGCCUUUACCCCGAUGCCUACGCAGAACGGGCAACCCCCACCUCCCACUAUAGCAGGGUGCUCGUCGGAUCCAUGGGGGCCGUGUGCCAACGGUUAAAAGGCCUGAAUGGCGACUACGGCCUCUUUUUCUUUGCUCACGACCUCGGUAUCCGAACCGAGGGCACAUUUUCACUGCGCUUUACCCUCGUUGACAUUACAACGUUAUCGGUCGGCAGUGCCGUGAAAGACGAUUCGGCCCCAAUCCUAGCUAGAAUAUUUAGCAAGUCUUUCACCGUCUAUUCUGCAAAGCGCUUCCCGGGUGUCCUGCCAACAACAGACCUCACCCAAUGCUUUGCUGAUCAAAGUGUGCGCCUUCCAACGAGGCAGAAGCGCGCCCACAAUGGGAGUAACAGCGGCAAGAGGAAAAAGUGAGCUCGAGCGGUGCCCUCGAGGAGGUGUAGAGGAGCCCGAACACAGCCGA